AUGAAGUUCUCCGUCGUUCUCGCCACCCUCGCUGCCGUAGCCUCGGCUGCCCCCUCCGGGGAUAUCUCCUCGGCCGGCAACAGGGUCCAGAAGCGCGCCGUCUUCACGGCUAAGACCUUUGACGAGCUCUCCAUUAGCGGCGGCACCGCCGGUAAGGCCAAGGAGGAUGCCCUGGCGAAGUUCGCCGGCCUCCCGACGGACCUUUCCACCGUCGACAAGGCCGACCUCGACUUUCUCGACAGCGCCAACAAGAUCGCCAACCAGGCCGAGCGUGGCGCCUACAACACGGAGAUUGCCAAGACGGCUCCCGGCGAGGAUGCCCUCGCUCUUCAGCGCGCCAAGAUCCAGAACAAGGUCAUGAAGCUCACGGCCACCGUCUUGGGCCUGCAGGCCCAGCAGGCGCAGGGCCAGAACGUGACGGCCAAGCUUGAGGAGGAGACCAAGAAGCUCGAGAAGAACAUCGCCGACGACGUCGCCAACGCCGGCAAGCCCGCCACCGCCCUCAAGUUCAACGCCUCCACCGACAACCCGGCCGCCAGCGAGGUGCCCAAGGACGAGGCUCUGGCGACCAAGGCGGGCGACGUCGUCAAGCAGUCCAUCGCCCUCGCCGGCGGAGGCCAGGCCGCUGCCGGCAAGGGCAAGGGCACCGGCACGGGCGCCGGAAAGGGUGACGGCAAGGGUGACGGCAAGGGCGCCGGCAAGGGCGAUGGCAAGGGUGACGGCAAGGGCAAGGGCGGCGCCGCCGCCGCGAGCAAGGCCGCCGCCGGGGAGGAGGACGAGGAGUGA